UUCUGUCCGUUUGCAGUGUUGCUGUCGCAGCGGGUUGUCAGUAGCCGGCGAGCCCGGGACGUGUCUCAAUGUCGUUGCCAUCCGGGAUCCGUCCGUGAUCCGUCGAGCUGCUGCCGGGGGUCCGACCAGACGCGCUGAUGCUGAGCCCGACCCAGCUCGGCGUCACACAACAGCCUCUUUGCGAUCUAUAAGAACCAGUGUCACGUGGUGAACACCUCCUGAGACCAAAUCCUGACAACUGACCCGAAGGAGCAUCAGCGCUUCACCGCGCGGGGACGCGCCAGACACGCUGGAGCCCUCGGCGGAGAAACCGAAGAAGACUGAGAGCAGCGGCAGUGGUCAAAUCGAGGACAGCGUCUCUUCAGCUGAGGGGGAGGCUGUUCAGCGGGACGGAGCCAUGCAGCCGCCGGAGGACGGGGACGGUCGUUCCUUUGUGGAGGUGAUGAGUGAAAAGUACAGCCCAGAGAACUUCCCAUGUCGCAGGGCACCCGGCAUGGGGGUGGUGGUCGUGCCCAUCACAGGUCCUCAGGGUUCCCCUAUGAAAGACCGUCUGAACCUGCCCAGGCUGCUGGUGUUGAACAGCUGCGGCAUCAGCAGGGCUGGAGAACAGGCGGAGAUCGCUGCUUUCUGUUCCCAUGUCAUGGAGCUGGACUUGUCCCAUAACAAGCUGCAGGACUGGCAUGAGAUCAGUAAAAUUGUGUCCAACAUCCCUAACCUGGAGUUCCUGAACCUGAGCUCCAACCCCCUGGCGGGUUUGACCCUCGAGCCGCGGUGUGCCGAGGCCUUUUCCCGGGUCCGAUGCCUCGUCCUGAACAACACCCAAGUGUCCUGGGACAAUGUGCUGCUGCUCACUCAGGAGAUACCCGAGCUGGAGGAGUUGUUCCUGUGCCUUAAUGAGUACAGUAGUUUGAGUACCUCCAGCGCAGUCUGCCCCAGCCUGCGCCUGCUUCACAUCACCGACAACAGCCUCCAGGACUGGGCCGAAGUCCGCAAGUUCGGCUCCACGUUCCCCAGCCUAGAAUCUCUGGUCAUGGCCAACAACAACUUGGCGUCCAUCCAGGACAGCAAAGACAUCCUGCAGCGACUCUUCCCCAACCUGCGCAACAUAAACCUGCACAACUCAGGUCUCAACCGAUGGGAGGACAUCGAGAAGUUGAACUUCUUCCCCAAGCUGGUGGAGGUGCGACUGCAGGGCAUUCCCUUAUUGCAGACCUACACCAACGCAGAGCGACGCAGCCUCAUGAUAGCACAGCUUCCUGCAAUAUCUAUGCUUAACGGCAGUGUUGUGACCGACAGCGAGAGAGAAGACGCGGAGAGGUUCUUCAUCCGUUACCACUUAGACUACCCUGAAGAGGAGCUGCCCUACAGGUAUCAUUCCCUGGUGACCAAGUAUGGGAAGCUGGAACCACUCGCCGAGGUGGACCUCCGACCUCGCUGCCGUGCCCAGGUGGAGGUUCACUGUGAAGAGAAAGUGGAGCAGCUGAACAUCCGUUUGGACCAGACAGUAGCUGAGCUGAGGAAGCAGCUGACUACAGUGGUCCAGCUGUCCACCAACAGCAUGAGGCUCUACUACAUCAACAAAGACAGCGCCUUCGGACCAGAGGAAAUGAAGUACAACACCCGGGCUCUCCAUUCCUACAGCAUCCAAGACGGUGAUGAAAUACUGGUGGUACCCAAGAUCAAAUGAACAGGCGGCUGUGGAGUCGGCUGAUUAGAGUGACUCCUUGAUAGAUACAUUUAUUCAUUGGAUUAUUUGUUUACCGGUUAACUGGCAUUGCAGGAUUAUUGGAAAAAGCCUCGGGAGCAGCAGCCGUGGCCCACAGCGAAAAGUCAAAUGUCGGGACUGCACAGUGGAGUACAGUGGCGAUGCUCGGAGGCCCUGUCCGUAGAAACCACGAGUCCCCAGAGUAUUGUGUUUAUAUUUAUUUCAGCUUUCGACGAGGGCAUCCGCAGGAGCAAGUGCACAAACGUGUCUCGGUGGAGAACGGGCCGAGAGAGCAACGCGCAGUCGGCUAGCAGCUUGAGCAGAGAGGAGGGCGCUGCUCUACCAGCAAAGCUUCACUGCAGCUCAGUCUCUUAGUACAAGGCAUGUACCAUAGCACCUGCGUAGGCAAGUAUCCACCACUGCUGUCUCGCCCAUUUGUCACAGAAGCUUCUCUCAGUGGUGAGGCAGUGCUGUUCUCAUUUGCACUUUUACUGUAGCCCCAAAGUCAGGAAGAGCAAUGGGCCUCAUGCAGGAAGCAGUCAUACGCACAUUUUUGUUCAAGUCCGAGUGCGUACGAGUGUUUUAGGAGAACUUGCCGCAUUCAUCAAUUUCCUCAUAUUUCUUUUCUCUCUCAGGUACAUGAAAUGAGUCUGCUGUUAGUCAAACCAAGUUUUUCCACUCAUGGAUUGUAUACCUCAUCACUUUGAAGCAAUUGUAAUUAUAUAUACAUAUAUAUAUAUAUAUAUACAUUACACCUCAUAAUUAUGUUGACAUCAUUCUGUUUAACUCUGCAAUUCGAAUGAUAGUACAAAUCUACAUUUAUUAAUCAUAUACCCGCUAAACAGCGUAGCGCGAUGGCCAGGGGUGCGCACAACUCCCUUGUGCCGCAAAAUAGUGCGAUAAACGUAUAGAGAUUGCUGCUUUGACUCAUCAGUUGUUCAGUGUACAGUAGCCGUGCAAGCUAUUUUUGGAUCAUUUGCCCAAAAUUCACUAUUUCCCCAAUUGGUGUUAUGCUUAAACUCUCCGGCUCGUGACAUCUCUAAUCAAUCGACAAGACAGGGAAUCUCCCCCUGCAGCGGCAGCCAUUUUCAUAUUGAGCCAUUUCCUCUUUAUUUCAGUGACAGUGCGACUCACAGGUGACUCAGUAUUAACAGCUCCGUUUUAGUUCGUCACUUAACUCCUGCGGACGCUGCUAAAAUAUAGAAUUUAAUUUCUGGAUGUUUGCAAGCAGGACUUAAAUUUCCGAUUCUCGUAAACUUGUCAUUCCUCGUUUUGCUCUUUGAUCCCGUUUUCACGAACGAACUCUUCCUGUCAUGGUGCAGGAAGUGAAGCCUUAUGUGGUGUCAUUUCCGCGUAGAUUAUGCUAAUUUGCCAUCCUCUUGCAUGUUGGCUCACACACGCACUGGUGGCUUUCAUCGUGUUCACGCAGGUCAGUCAAACACUUUUCUGAAGAUAGAAGUUUUGUUGAAUCCGACGUGGCCUGUUAGCACGAACAAAUGUUAGAGAAAUUUAGGAUAAGACCACAAAAAUGUUCUUGCAUGAGGCCCAAUUUCUGUUAAAUGAAAAACCCUGCCUAACAUAACCCUAUAUGUGGGGGUUGGGGAUAAAAAGCAGUUUUUGCCACAUAACAUUUUAAUAUUUGGCAAUAUAACAACAGAGUAAUAGAGCAAGGCAUUCUCUCUAUGCGUGACAUUCAGCUAUCAGUGUGACAUUCCCAUUUUAAAUCCUCACAGGUCCCCUCCAGACAUGAUUCAAGACAUCUAACAAAACUUUGUUUCAAAUAACAACUCGUCUGAUAGAGCUUUACACAAGAGAGUUCUUGAAAUUACAUCUGCUUCUUCUCCCUCAUUAAAAAAAAAUCCAAGAUUUAUGAAUAUGCAAAUACUGUUCAUUCUAAACUGGAUACAAAAUGUAUUCUGCUGACAAGUCCACUCUCACAUUUCACUUGUGUAAGCUACUAAAACUGCUUUCAGACAUGAACCCUGUAAAAUGUCCGCAUAAUUGGGUCCAGGCAUUUUCCGAAAGUUUGUCUUUCACAAAUGAUGCAGGCAGCAGGAGAUUCUCCGAGUCAGACGCGUUCACAACGGCAGGAACAUUUUUUGGAACAUUCAGUGUUUCUGCUCGCAAUCAUCUACACGCCCGAUUUCCCUGCUGUAUCUUCACUCUGAAUAUUUUCUGAAACUUUUACUUGGAAGUUGGCAGGAAAAGAUUUGAAAAAAAAAAUAGCUUUCUUACAUGCAUCCCCUCUGGAAUAGUCCAGGAAAAUGUCCAGACUUUUGUGCACGUCUGAAAGCAGCUUUACUGGACAAUGUUUAAAACGUGUUAAACUGAGAUUUGAGGCGGGCACAGAGGAACUGGGACCCCUUUCCCAGUUUUGUCUUCUCAAAUUGCCCAGUAAAGGUCAAAUACCUAAGUCAAGUAAGAGUAAGCAAAUCCCAUUUUGGUGGAAAGGCAGACUUAAGAUAAAAAAAAAAGGAUAAUUACGCCACUAAGACAAAAUGGCUUCUGGAGUGCAAUAAUCAUAAACUGACGACAUCUAAUAGUAUUAAAGACCUAAAGGUUGAUCUCCUCUCAAUGACAUGUUUGAAAAUAUCCUUGUUUGUUUCUGUGGAGCACGAAGAGGUUGUGAGUUUUUCAUUCACUUCAAUAUGUUCAUGUCUUCAAUAUGUUCAUAUCUUCAAUAUGUUAGCAACGUGGUUUCACCAGUUCAGCUUAUUUUGCACACAUGGGAAUGCAAUCUCCCAGGUUUUUGGGUUGUUGUUUUUUUUGCCUUUACCAGUUUCCGAUUAUUAUAAGUAUGCAUUUAACAGGACAGUGUUUCCUUUAAAAAAGAGAAAAGCUUAAUUAAUGCAUAAUUUGUAUGGAAGUUGUGUCAAUGUGUGAUUUCUCUAAUGACUUGCGUAUGAUCUUAUUUUAUGGACAUUAUUUAUUUAUUUUUAUUUUCAGUUUGUUUACAAUCUUCUUCAAAGCGGUAAAAUCAUCCUUGAAGAGAUGUCGAUCUCAGUAUAGUUUAUUCAUGCGCAUCUUUAAACAAGCUCAAGACUUAAAAUACCUUCACCAAAGAUGACUCAUUAGGUUAUUUUUGUUGUAAUGUGGAAUAUAUAUACAGUAUGUAUUGAUUUAUUGAUUUUAAUACGCAGCACCCACCGUGCAUAAAAGGAGCACUGAUGUUAGAUAUUUGCUGCUAUUGCCUUUACUUCUAAAGCAAGCAACUUAGCACAGCAGGGGAUUCAUGACGGUGAUAACUGAUAUGACAAGCCACAAAAUAAUCACAUUUAGUGGCUUUACUGAGACACGUGUGUAUGGAAUACUGCUGCAGUGUUGUCACCAACCAAUAGUAUCAAUAUCUAUAAGUAUCUAUUUCCAACACUAUUAUUAUGUAUUAGUGUUCUGACACUACUGCUCUACUUGAACACUAGCAGGCGUGGUAUAAUGCAUCAGUAUGAAUGUGUAGCAACAAGCAGGACAGAUGGAAAGAGUCACAACACUGAAAUCCCAUUUACCCUUUUUAUCCCAAUAGUGCUGAAUAUACGUUAGUGUGGCUUGAACCAACAUCUGAGUGCCAGAUAUGUUUGGCGUGAGCAUGUGCAAUAUGCAGCUGUUUUUUUCGCAGGGUGGGUGAUUUAAAAGUGUGGUUAUUAUUUGUGUGUUGAUUUGAUGCGUUUGUGAGGAACGUGAUCACUCUGCCCGCUUACAUUUAAGGAAUAAUGCACUUUGUUUCACAUAAAGACGGGGGGAAAUAUAUUAAAUCUUUCUGUAAAUGUAUUUGUCACCUCUUGAGUUCAUAUAGAUUUAGUUUUUUUUAAGGAACUUUAUGUUUUGAUGUUAUUUAUUGUGUCUCUUGCUUACUGCACCAACCUGCUAUUAGCCAAAAACAUUGGCCAAGCCAUUUGAAAGGCCCCUGAAAAUGUCAAAUUUGAAGUAUUUCUGUGUAUCGUUAAUGAUUCAUGACUAAUAAAGCAACAAUGAAAGUUAUAAUUUAUUUAAUAGCCCAAAAUUCAGCCAGUCUGCUUCAUGAGGACGGUGUGUAGGGCAGAUUUGAUUGACAGUGGCCUGGCAACAUUUAAGCAAACAGACCUAAAUGACCCUCACAUCAAAUUCGGAUUGAUCCAAAUGUGCCGGACAAAACAAACCAUCCAACGAAGCAAAAACCGCGUAGAAACCCUUCACUCACGGGAAGAAGCUGAAAGAGGUUUUCAGGGCCUUUAUUGGAAAGUUCCACCCCGACAGCCCUAUGACAAUAAUAUGCUAUGUGCCGUUUCUUUGUUCAUCCUGUUGUGUUCUUGGUGGUGCAAUUCCUCUGCAGUACAGGUCAGCUUAAAAAUUCGGGUCGCUCAGCUAAACCAUGAGCUGUGAGCAUGAGCUUGGGGUUUUUCGAAGAAUCAGACUGUGAGGCCUUAUAGGGCUGCUUUUUUAAUCCACCAGUCAGCAGUCCUUCGGUCUAGGAGACAGCCAUUACAGAGGCAGAGAGGGAAUGAUUCCACCAGCAGCACAGCCACAAGACAUGAUGUGCUUCUACAUUGAGUCACCAUCACUCUUACUGUUCUCUGUCCAAUCACAGAGGAAAACUUUGACAUUUUGGGAAAUAAUCUUAUUUUUUGAGACUGGAAACAGCUGGUUUGGCUCCAGUCUAUCCAAAGGUAGCUGAAUGUGCCCACGAUUUCAUUAACAUGCGAAAUCUGGCUUGUGUUAACCUGAACAAAAACUGUAGUCUAAACAAGCUGCGGUUUCACUGAGGUUUUGUGCUGGACUAGGCCAUCUCUUGGCUGGGCACAGUGACAUCCUCGGAGGUCUUUGCAUCUGAAAUAGUCUGGCACAUGAACUAUAAAAUCACAACUUGUUGUUUAUACACUUAAAGGUGAUCUUAAGAUGCACGCGUGGCAUCAAUCUUCUCAUCUGACUUUCUGAAGGGCAGUGAAUACGCUUAGCAAAAAUAUCAAACCACUGCUUGAAGUUCAAAGAUGUCCUUCAGGCAUUGAGAAAGAAAAUAGAGGAAAUCACUAAUUAAAGUAGACAAAUUCCCUCCUGAAGAUUAACCGAGGAUGGGUUUUUUCUUUUUAUUUCAUACCUGUGCAAUCUGUUCAUACUGUAAAAAGCAACUGGGCAAUGAGAAGCAUGACAUUCAGUUGGAAUUCUAAACAACCUCAGAUUAUUUUGCCUGUUUAUCAGAAAUGGAAAGCUCCUGUUAGAUUGAGGCUUGUCUGCUGGAACAUACAAUGAAAGGCUCCAUAUUUGCUUUUCUUUUUAAAAAAGUUAAUUACUGUGAAGUUCUUUGGUAAAAUUGUAAUAUAUCAGACAUCUGGCAGCUGAAGAACUGCACAUCCUGUUUCAAUGGAAACCCUUGACACUGCUACUCUGGAUGUAUCCGUAAAUACACUGCUUGAGUCAUCAUCUGUCUCUAAAAGUGGCGCACCAGAGCUCAGUAGGAUCUUCGAAGGCCUUAUUAGUCUUCGAUUAUAGUGUUAUGAAUUAUGGCUGGACUAAAUGUGCAGGAUGCCCCACCUCUCAGACCCUCGCACCAGUAUUUAAGCUAAUCAGCUCACUCGGCUCUGUAACUGUUCGUAUUCUGUGGCAUUUGAAGCAUAAUCAAUUUUGUAGGAACCUAUAUGAAGUAUUAAAAGGAACAGAAUGAGU